ACCAUUACAAGCCUCUCCUCCUGACCUAUAUCUACAAUUCUUUCUUUAUUCUCUCUGCAAAUGCAUCUUGCUUUUGUCUCCUGUUUUUGGCCUUCACCUUUGCUGAAGGAUUUGUUACUCUUCACCAAGGAGCACACGUUUGAUGUCAGCUGCAGCUGCAGUCUCUUCUCUGUGAUCCUUGCCAAUGCAUUAGUGAUCUGCAACAUGGCACUCACUGUAUCUGGCAUGGAGAAACAUAAGGGGUUCAUGGCAAUUCUGAAGGCCUGUGUUAUGCUAAGGGGAAAGACAUCAAUGGCUUUGUUCCUGGCACUGCCUGCCAAUGUUGGCCUUGCAGCCAUUGAGGCCUUGUUCCAGUUCAGGGUUGUAAGAGCCUAUCACAGUUAUGGAAUGUCAUCAUGGCCUUUUACGGUUUUAGAAGGCAUUUUGAUUGCUUACUUGUACUCACUUUUCAUCAUAAUUGACACAAUUGUCAGCUGCAUGUUUUACAAAUUCUGCAAGAUGGGGUUGAGGGGUGAUCAUGAAGACAAGAUGUUUUCGAUGAUUGAUUUCCCGACAGAGGAGGACAGUUGUGGUUACAUGGUAUUCAAGAAUUUUGAAGAACUACCUUAAGAACAAGGUAACAUUAUCUUUGUAAUAAAUUUGGCAUAAGGUUUUUCUAUGCUUCACAAAAAGGAAGGAACUCAAAGUUAUUUUAAACGUAUUGCAUGCUUUUGAAAAAAUUCAUUCAUGUUACUCGAACCAAGUCGAGCAACUUCCGAAGGAUAAGGGUUUUUUCACAGAGGAACCUCAGCUCAGCUAUGUGAAAAAGCUAGAAGCUGAAGAUUGAUUCACCAUUUUAUUUUUAUGUCUUUCUUUUAUGCUGUUAAAAUCUGUCUUCCUUUUAUUCCAACUCUCUACCUUGUAUAUUUAUUGGCAAUAUUUUACUUGUGAAUAAUACGAAAGCUGCUGUUUGUUUCCUU